AUGCAAAAAUGUAGACAUUCUAAUUGGAAUGAUGGUUUCGCCUCUGUUCUUCAAUGUAUAGACUAUGUAGAUGUAUUCACAACAAUAGAAACUGUAGAAUCAACUUCAAAGGAGGCAAUCUCAAAUCAGUUAUCUCAAUUACCUGAACAACAUCAACAAAUAUCACGAACAUUUUCUACUAAUUUGUACAGACCAGCUGAUUAUAGAAUAUGUGGAGAUUUGAAUGAUUUUCCACAGAAUGAAUUUUACUCAGUCAACUCAGUUUUAUUCCUUAUAUUUCAUACAGCUCCUAAAAGUGUGAAAGUAAAGCAUGGUCAACAAAUAGGAUUCACUGGCCAGUUUACAUUCGAGCUAAAAAACUAUGUAGAUGUAUUCACAACAAUAGAAACUGUAGAAUCAACUUCAAAGGAGGCAAUCUCAAAUCAGUUAUCUCAAUUACCUGAACAACAUCAACAAAUAUCACGAACAUUUUCUACUAAUUUGUACAGACCAGCUGAUUAUAGAAUAUGUGGAGAUUUGAAUGAUUUUCCACAGAAUGAAUUUUACUCAGUCAACUCAGUUUUAUUCCUUAUAUUUCAUACAGCUCCUAAAAGUGUGAAAGUAAAGCAUGGUCAACAAAUAGGAUUCACUGGCCAGUUUACAUUCGAGCUAAAAAGUAAGUUAUGA